AUGGACAGCUGCACGCGCUUCAUCGUAUGGACAUGCUUCCUAGCGGCCUCUUCUACUGCGGCUGCACCUCAACCACAACGACAAGAGCUGUGCAGCGAUGCGAAGCAAUUACAGACGCGCGAUGAGCGCGUUGUCAUGACCGAUCCUCAGACUGGGCGCAUAUUCUUGCCCGGAGAGACGAGUCGGGCUCGUACCGUGUACACAGUUGUGGCUUUAUCCUGCGCAGUAGUGUUAUCGCUCUUAUUUGGGCUGCGCGCAAGGACACUGGCUCGCAACAUCAGGAGAAGGAACAACUUGACCUCUAUUAUCCUAUCAUUUCUCUUCCUAUUCGCCAUAUGCUUCAUCUUUGCCACAGUGGUGGUUGAGAGCGGGCAGAGUCUGGCUUCCUCUAAUCUAUGCUACUCCGCUAUCAUCAUCUGCCUAGUUUUCUAUACCACGAACAAGCUGGCCAUCUACAUAUUCCUCCUGGAACGCGCCCGCAUUGUGCGCGCGCCUUUCAUGAGGCGCUACCGAGAUUGGUUAUGGAUAUCUGGAAUGGUCAUAAUCUGCGGUGGCUUCGGAUCGGUCGCCAUCACCGGAUUCAUCUUUCCUGUUGACGAGCUCUCCCCGAUAGAUGGUCGAUGCCGCAUUGGGCUGCCGCGCAAAGUAGCCUUCCCGCUCAUGUGCUUUGACAUCGGUCUCAACUUCCUCCUCACCGGGCUCUUCAUAUGGCUCCUUCGUCCGGUACUGUCACUUCACCGCGUAAAUCUUGUGCCGGGUCUACUCAGGAAGCCUACCAGCCAAGGAAGAAGCACUGCGAGCGAGGCAACUCUACGAUAUAGCCGCCCGCACAUGUACAAUUUGAAUCAUUCGAUCAAGGUUCUACUCUGGAAAUGUCUCAUUGGAAGUACACUGGUUAUGUUGCCCACAGUCGGCAACAUGGUCACGUUCUAUAUCAUGAGGGGGCUGAGCUGGGGAGUCCUCAUCAUCAACUGGCUGACCAUCGGCUCGGCCAAAGCUGAGAGGGCCCUGACCACCCUGGCAUCGCAGCAGACAGUGAGCGAGCCAGAAAGCGAGCGAGACGGACCGGUUCCUCCAACAACCAUGCAGAGCCGGCUCAGUGGCUUGGGCGAACGCCCGCCGCCAGCAAAACUUAAAGAUGAAGGAAAGCUGUUAGCUUUCGAACGCAUUUCGUCUGUUGCCAAGGAAAAUGACGGUCCAAUGAGGUAG